AUGAUAGACGAAGUUGAAGUAAAUGGGGCAACAGAGCACUCAAGUGAGCCUUCACAAAUUCUCUUAAAAUCAAGAUCCACUUCAAUAAAGUUUCAAUUAACAACAUUCAAUGAGACUCUGACUCCUGAAUAUUUAAGCAGUUUGUGUGAUUCCGAUAUUUCUGUUCGGCUGGAGCAUGUGGAGCGUCUGGCCAAUAAAUUUGAAAAUACUCAAUCUACUCUUGAGGAAUUGGACAUAUCCGAAUUUGAUGGAAUGGUCCGGUUUGAUUUCGAUAUGUUGUACUUGAAAGUUCGAUCAAAACUUCAACAUGAGCUUCAAGUCAGACGUACAUUCAAUUCAAGUUGCUCUACAACAAUACAUAAAUCGUCAGGUGAGAAUCAGCAAGACAUCAGGUCAAUGGCGCAUACAAUUAGGCUUCCAGAAUUACAAAUACCAAAGUUUGAUGGAAAUUAUACUGAGUGGCCUAGUUUUCAUGCCAUAUUUGAAAACUUAGUUCACAAUAACCAAGAACUAUCUGAAACAGAAAAACUACAACAUUUAUUUUCAAGCGUAAAGGGCGCAGCAUUUGACAUCAUUAGAUCGUUGAGUUUAAGUGAUGCAAAUUAUGCUAAGGCUUUAGAAUUACUUAAAAAGAGAUUUGAUAAUAAACCUUUAAUUUUACAGGCACACGUCAAGGAAAUUUUGUGGGCAAGGGAUAUAUCGAAUGAAUCAUCGACAAAGUUAAGAGAGCUUAGUGAUCGAAUCAAUUUGCACAUGCGUGCUUUACAAACAUUGGGCACCAAAGAACAAAUCGCAGACAAUUUCUUGAUCCAAAUCAUCAGUGCCAAGCUCGAUUCUAAAUCAAAGGCUAAAUGGGAAGAAGAGUUGUCCGUCCAUGAUUUGCCAACGUGGGAAAUGAUGACUGACUUCUUAGAAAAAAGGUGUCGUGUAUUGGAGAAUAUGGACGGUGCUAUGGUCUCCCUAACACCUAGCCACCAGGUAGGAAAGAAAAUUACUAAAAAAUAUAGUUAUUUGGCAGCAAAUAUGGGUACUAUCUCUUGCGUAUUUUGCGACUCAAAGGAUCACUAUAUUACAAAGUGCACACUGUUUAUAAAUCUUUCCCCAACGCUUCGAUAUAAAGAAGCAAAGAAGUUGCUGUUAUGUUUAAAUUGUUUACGCAAGGGUCACGCAUUGAAUAAAUGCAAGUCUGGACAUUGUCGUCAUUGUGCUUCAAAGCAUCAUUCAUUGCUUCAUAUGCAAUCUGUAUCUCCAAUUAAUUCGAAAGGCGUUGCACCUGAAAUACAUAUAGCAAAUCGGUCGGAAGAGCCAUCAACUUCAAAAAAUACGUCGCUGCUCUCACUGUCCUCUGUAACGUCUAUUCCUAAAGCCCCAGAAUUUCUAUCUGAAAAUAGUGUGCUACUAGCUACUGCAAUCAUUCUCAUCAAAAAUUCCUCAGGAACUUUCGUUCCAUGUAGAGCAAUUCUCGAUUCUGCGUCUCAACUCAAUUUUAUAACUUCUCGUUUAGUCAACUUGCUGCAGCUAAAUACGAAAACAACAUACACAACCAUAUCAGGCAUAGGGGAUUCUACACUUGAAACAAACAAGGUUGUUGAGCUAUUUACAAAAUCGCACUCAGGCGAUUAUUCAACUUCAUGCACUGCGAUCGUUACAACAACUAUCACAGAUCCUCAACCAAACUUUAACGUAAACAUUUCAGAUUGGUCAAUUCCAAACAACAUCACCUUAGCUGAUCCGAUGUUUUUCAAAUCACAGAGAAUCGAUGUGUUACUAGGUGGCGGCUUAUUUUUUAACUUAUUGUGUAUUGGACAAAUUCGUCUGGAAAAUAAUUUUAUGUUACAGAAGACAAGGCUGGGUUGGAUAGCAUCAGGUGGCGGUAUUAUUCCAAAAUACAAUCACUCAUUUUCGUUAGCUAUAGCUAAGAAAUCAACCACUGAAUUGGAAUUUGAAAAUGAAAAAUCGUUAAAUGAAAUUGUAAAAAGGUUUUGGGAAAUAGAAAAUUGUUUUGACGCGCACUCUUCGCUAACAGACGAAGACGCAUAUUGCGAAACCCAUUUCAAACAAAAUUUUACUCGGUUAGAUUCUGGUAAAUAUUCUGUUUUACUUCCUAAGCAGCGUAAUAUCGACUCACUCGGAGAUUCUUAUAAUCAUGCACUUCAACGAUUUCACAGUUUAGAAAGAAAGUUGCAACGUAAUGCUGAUUUAAAAACUCAAUAUGUUGAUUUUAUUAAUGAGUAUAUAAAUUUAAAGCACAUGUCACCAGCACAAUUACCAUCAGGUGUUCCAACGUGUUUUUUACCUCAUCAUUGUGUGCUAAAAAAUGAAAGUACAACUACAAAAUUGCGUGUGGUUUUCGAUGGGUCAGCUAAAACAUCCACCGGAUUUUCUCUUAAUGAUCUGCUGAUGUCUGGACCUACAAUUCAAUCCACACUCUUUGAAUUAAUUAUUCGAUUCCGAUAUUUUAAAAUUGCUCUUUGUGGAGAUAUCUGUAAAAUGUAUCGAUGCGUGCGUGUUACACAUCCCGAUGAAUAUCUUCAGUGCAUUUUGUGGAGAAGUAAUCUCGAUGAUGACGUAAAGGUAUUCAAAUUGGACACUGUGACAUAUGGAACAAGGCCAGCUGCAUUUUUAGCUAUUCGAGCAAUGCAUCAGCUGGCUCGCGAUGAAGAGAAAUCAUACCCAUUGGGUUCUAAAAUCGUUCUCAGAGAUUUUUAUGUAGAUGAUUUAAUGUCAGGCGGCGACACCGUGGAUGAAGUAAUCAACAUUAGAAGGCAAACUACUGAAUUAUUAAAAAAGGGUGGUUUCCAGAUCAGAAAAUGGUGUUCCAAUAAUCCAAGAGUAUUGUGUGGUAUCGCUGAAUCCGAACGUGUACAAUUAUUGAAAUUUAAAGAUGGUUCUGAUAUUACUAAAGCAUUAGGUUUAGUAUGGGAUCCAAACCACGACAAUUUUUUAUUUUCAUUUACUCCAGUGGUAGGUAGCCAGCAAAUUAACAAACGUACUGUUCUCUCAACUAUAGCCCGUUUUUAUGAUCCAAUCGGAUUAAUUGGACCUAUCAUCACCAAGGCUAAAAUUUUCAUGCAAACCUUAUGGAAACACAAAUUGCAUUGGGAUGAGAGUCUACCACAAGCAUUAUACUCAGCAUGGAUUGAACUUCGCUCUCAACUUACAAUUAUCAGCAGUUUUAAAUUCCCUCGUUAUGUUUUAAUGCCUAAUUCUAAAGUGCAGAUACAUGGUUUCUGUGAUGCCAGUCUGAGUGCUUAUGGUGCAUGUAUAUAUAUCAGGUGUGAGCGCUCGGGUGCAUUUGAUUCGCAUCUACUAUGCUCCAAAUCAAAGGUUGCACCACUAAAGACACUUACAGUUCCCAAGCUAGAACUUUCAGCUGCUCUACUUUUAUCGGAACUCAUUGAUAUGGUCGUCAAAACUAUAAAUUUUACAUGCGAUUUUCAUUGCUGGUCAGACUCAAUGGUGGUAUUAUCUUGGAUACGUGAACAACCGUCCAAUUUUAACGUUUUUGUCUCUAAUAGAAUUAGCAAAAUUCAAACUCUUACCUGUGGCAUGAAUUGGCAUCAUGUACCAACUUCUAUGAAUCCUGCAGAUAUCUUAUCAAGAGGAGCAGCGCCAGAUGAACUUUUAGCCUCAACACUUUGGACACAAGGACCUGAGUUUUUAAGACCAUCGCAUUUACAUUGGCCCCAAAAUACCGUUUUCGUAGCAGAAUUACCUGAACGACGCAGGAGAGUUUUAAUAACUACAUGUCAGCAAGAUUUAACGCUAUCCUGUAAAUUCGCUAACUCAUUUAAUAAAAUGCAGAUAGUUUUCGCAUAUAUUUAUCGAUUCGUGUCACUCAAACAUAAAGAGACCAUAAGGAAAACUGGCCAACUUGAUCCUCAGGAUAUUGAAAGGGGUACAAAAUUAAUGAUUUUAAACAUACAACAAACUCAUUUCGCUGCUGAAUACAAAAUAUUAAAAAAAGGAGAAAAUGUUAAUAGUUCAAGUAAACUUUACUCCCUCAAUCCUUUUAUUGAUUCAUUUGGAGUAAUUCGUAUUCGAAACAACAAACCUUUACCAAUAACUAAUAGAAGCGUAGAUAACGACUUAUCCACAACUCUUGAUGAUACUCACUUAUCCUAUAAACUAUAA